AUGGCUUCCCCUCUUGACCGGCCGGGCAUCUUGUCCGUGUUGAACAACUUCCACGAUGUAUGGCAAGAAAUCCGCAUACCCGUCAUUCUGUUUACUGCUUUCGGCCUGCUUGUACUCCGGUUCUAUCUUCACAGUGUCGAGGAGAAGGACGAAUUGAAAGCAUUCCCCAAAGCCUUGAACAGGGAAAAGCCUGAGUCGAAGCCGCUGCCGAAGCCCGUCGACGAGAAGAAGGAUGCGAAGCCGACUCCGGUUGUCGAGACGAAGGCGCCCAAGUCGAACGGCCCGAAGAGGAUAAAGGGUGGUCUCGUCAAGCGGCCCUCUGAGGAGCUCAAGAAUGGAGAGGCUUCGACAAGGACGGUGCGACCUCUGAUCUUCUUUUCGAGCAUCACCGCGAACACCCCCAAGAUUGCGAAGGACUAUGCCGAGCGCUUGGAAAAGCAGCUGGAAAAGGUUACCGCGGAUACUGACUGCUCAUUUAAUACCCCCGAGGUUCUGGAUCUGGCUGAAAUCGACUUUGACGACUACUUCAUCACCCCGCCCAAGUCCGAGGACCCCGUCGAGCUGUUCUACAUGUUCCUCCUGCCAAGUUACAACAUUGACACGAUCAACGACACCUUCUUGGAGCACCUGCAAGAGACGCACCAUGAUUUCCGCAUCGACACCGCCCCUUUGUCCCCGCUACUUGGUUACUCCGUCUUUGGUUUUGGCGACCGCGAAGGCUGGCCUACGGAAGACGAAGGCUUCUGCUUCCAGGCCAAGGAGGUCGACAAGUGGAUGGCUAAGCUUACCGGCCGCAAGAGAGCUUUCCCUGUGGGCAUGGGCGAUACGAAGCGGGACUACGUCGAGAGGUUAUCUGAAUGGUCUGAGGGUGUCGUGGAUGUUCUCGGUAUGCUAGCCAAGACUGGUAGCCUAGGUGAAGGUCUGCCGGGAAGCGGCGCACCCGAAGAAAGCGAUGACGAGUCCGCGGCGGAAGAUGAUGACGAGGUUCUCAUCGAGGAAGACGCAAAGCCUGAGAAGCUCAAGAGCCGCAAGAACAUUGACGAUGUCGAGGAUCUUGGUCGCAUCAUGAAGAGCUCCAACCCCGACGCCGACACGAAACCCGCCGCUGCCCCUAUUGCCGUUGACUUCACGACCUACGGAAAGUCCGCCUCUGCCCCCAAGAAGACCCCGACCAAUGCCGCAAAGGAGAUGGUCCCCAAGAACUCCCCCACCUACGCCUCGCUCACAAAACAGGGCUAUUCCAUCGUCGGCUCCCACUCGGGCGUCAAGAUCUGCCGCUGGACAAAGUCCGCCCUGCGCGGUCGCGGCUCCUGCUACAAGUACUCCUUCUACGGUAUCAACUCUCAUCAGUGCAUGGAGACGACGCCCUCCCUGUCUUGCUCCAACAAGUGCGUCUUUUGCUGGCGCCACGGCACGAACCCCGUCGGCACUACGUGGCGCUGGGUCGUCGACCCGCCCGAGCUCAUCUUUGACGGCGUCAAGGCCAACCACUACAACAAGAUCAAGAUGCUCCGCGGCGUUCCCGGCGUCCGGGCCGAGAGGUUCGCCGAGGCCAUGCGCAUCCGCCACUGCGCCCUCUCCCUCGUCGGCGAGCCCAUCUUCUACCCAUACAUCAACGAGUUCCUUGGCAUGCUCCACGCCGAGCGCAUCUCGUCCUUCCUCGUCUGCAACGCCCAGCACCCGGACCAGCUCGCCGCCCUCAAGGCCGUCACGCAGCUGUACGUUUCCAUCGAUGCCUCGAACAAGGAGUCGCUGCGGAAGAUCGACCGCCCGCUGCACCGCGACUUCUGGGAGCGGUUCCAGCGGUGUCUGGACAUCUUACGCGAGAAGCGCUUCAAGCAUCGCACCGUCUUCCGCCUUACGCUCGUCAAGGGCUUCAACGUCGACGACGAGGUUGAGGGGUACGCGCAGCUCGUCGAGAAGGGGCUGCCGUGCUUCGUGGAGAUCAAGGGCGUCACGUACUGCGGCACCUCCACGGCAUCCAACGCCGGCCUGAGCAUGUCCAACGUGCCGUUCUACUGGGAAGUUGCGGAAUUCGUGACGGCCCUGGAGAAGAGGCUCAAUGAGAAGGGGCUUAAGUAUGGCAUCGCGGCGGAGCAUGCGCACAGCUGCUGCGUGCUGCUUGCGAGCGACAGAUUCUACAAAGACGGCAAGUGGCACCCGAGGAUUGACUACCAGAGGUUCUUUGAGCUGCUUGAGGAGCGCGGGGCCGAUGGGGACUGGAAGCCAGAAGAUUACAUGGGUGAGGCGACGCCAGAGUGGGCGACUUGGGGCAAUGGCGGAUUUGAUCCCCGAGAUGAGAGAGUUGACAGGAAGGGCAGGAAAAUCGAGGCGUAG